UCUUKYCAUUUGGGUGAUUUURUGUACUUGCCAGCACAGCCUCUGUGCUUACAUCACUUCAUAUCGCUCCAAGAAAAACCCAAGUAACAGAUUUGACAAGUUUGUUAGAGCCAUGAUGUUAGUWAGAGAGGAAAGCGUUCUCAAGACCAAACAGCGAGUCCUAUAUAAUGUAACAUUUGGCUGGUUCUAYAUGAUGAUUAAUGCUGUAGUGRUUUGGGUAGGAGCUUCCUAUCAACAUCUCAACAUUCUUGGACUAUAUAUAGGRGAGUCAGACUGGGCUCGUUCUCAUUCUAUUAAGCUCACUUACGCAUAUUCGUUUGCGAUUCUUGUUAUGGUUGGUGCAUGGGCAAUUCCAACGUGUUUUUACAUCUCACUCUGUUUUGUGSUUGGUGGUUGCUUCGACGACCUGCUUGACAGAGCUUCCGCUACAAUUUUGGAAAAGAAARAAAUCAACCUGGAAAAUCUUUGGAGAGAGUAUGUUCGACUUUGCAACGYGCUGUCCGCUCUAAAUGACUUGCURUCGCCUCUUGGGAUGGUGAUGUUUUCGAUUUACAUGCCACUCAUAUGUCUCAACAUGAACGUUUGCAUCAAAACCUUUGAACGCGACUCUGUUAUCCAUCAGGCGGCGUAUAUUGCGUGGAUUUUGAUGAACUCUUCUAUUCUCUGCAUCAUCUCUUUGUAUGGAGCUUGGGUGAACGAAUCGGCAAGCCGUCUUUCUGAAAUUCUCUGCAAAAUCAAUAUCAGAGAACUUGACAUUGAAAGCAAGCUCGAGCUGAUGUUACUACUGAAGAACGUGACUACUAAUAACGCCAGUUUGACUGUUGGGGGCGUGGUGACUAUUACCAAAGGGAUGAUUUUGACGAUCUUUGGAACCAUCAUUGGAUACCUUACAGUUAUCAUGCAGUUCAAAUAAUACAAAAUAGCUUCAAUGAUUCAUGAUUUCUUGGUCCAAUCACCAUUAUKCAUUYAGUCACAUGAUGGACGUCAAUUGUAAAUAYAGAMACAGGGAACGGUUUUGAGAAAGGCGGCAACUGGAUAUGUGACUGUAGUUUAUAGCUAAGUUAAUGAAUAAUAAUAAUAUUUAUGUUUCUUCUCAUUUUGUGUAAUAUGUAGUUAGUUCUAUGAGUCAAAGGACUCUAGAAAGGGCAAACUAGGUAAUCUAAGCCGCAAUCGUUCACUUUCCUUGUGGUCCAUGAAACUGGUGGAGAAACCGGUGGAGAACCCGGGGGUAAGUCGAGCUAAAAUCCAUAUAAGCGAUGCUCAAUAAUUCCUCUUAGCAGGAACCUUGUUGUAGUAAUCACUGAAAGAAAUAUUACUAAUCUUACUAWGUAAUAAAAUAUAUUU